GGCUGCAGCCAGAGCGGAGGUGUCAGAGCGACAGCGAGUGUUGUUCCAGAUUUGGUGGUUCCAGCACUUGUUGUUCAAGAGGCCGAUCCACACACUGAGUGGAGCCAAAUGCCAGCGAGGUGUCGCACAAUGGAAGUGCACAGGAUAUCAAAUUGUAAAACCCACUUGGAGAUGAUGUGAGAAGAGCCAAAGCAAAUGCUUCAUGUCCUGCCCCUGGGAAAAAGAGAACAAAGGCCAUGAAGCCUGCAGAGGGUGAACAGAAUCCUUGCAGUGCUGUUUAUCGCCGGCCCUUCAGGGACAGGGUGAUUCAUUUGCUUGCUCUGAGGACUUACAAGAAGCCAGAGUUACUUGCUCGCUUGCAGAGAGAUGGAGUCAUGCAAAAGGACAAGGGCACCCUUGGGAAGAUCCUUCAGCAGGUAGCCAAGUGGAAUCCAAAGGAGAAUUCCUUCAGUCUGAAGAAACAUCUAUUUCACACCCUUCAGACUGAUUGGCCUGGCUACACUGACAUAGACAGACAGAAUUUGAAGUUAAUACUUUCUGGAAAAUCAGCUCCAUCUCAGAACACCACUAACACCAGCCAAGAGACAUCUCUGGGACCUUCUGAGAGAGACGCUCCAGCAAGACCUGCUCAGAAACGGCCUCUGGCUUCCGACUUGACCAGUCCUGUGGCGAGCAAGAAGAGGAGAAUUGGUCACUGGCCCAGUCAUGUCCAGGCAGCAGCUGGUGGCCUCUUUUCUUCCUUCCUUUUGUCUUCCACAUCUCUUUAUCCUUUGGACAUGUCUCCAAGUGUUGUCUUCGUUUCCCCCUGCACCCAUGUCGUACAACAAACAGAGAAAUUUCAUCUUUCUACCAUCCCAGCACCUGUCAGGGUGGAAAAGGAGAUCACCAAUUCAAAUGGGAAAACAAAUGAACUGGGGAGCCUGAAGCAGUUGCAGCCCUUGGAUUUCGAUGAAGAUAUUAAUGUGCUGGUUUCACUGACUCCUGUGUGCAUAACUGUGGUAAAAUAUGGAGCCAUUGUCUCCUUGGAGCAACGCCAGCGCUACAAGGAUGACUUCAAUGCAGCGUAUGAGGAAUAUCGGAAUUUAUAUUUUAAGAUUGACAAGAAAUUCAGACAAUUUCAGGAGCAAUGGAAGUCUCAGACUCCAGGCUCCAAAGCUUAUCAGAUGCUGCAUCAUCGAAUCCUAGCAGAUUAUCAGCAGUUACAACAGGGUAGCCCCAGCUACUCUGAAAUGAGGAGCAGGUGCCAGUACCUCCACAAAAAGCUGGCCCAUAUUCAGAGCUGCAUUUCUGAAUUUGACCAGCAGUGAGUGGAGUACUGGCACCAGACAUCUGCUUCAGCCUGGUGAAAUCUGUGACAUCUGGAUUUUUUAUUUCAAUGAGAAGAUUAGGUUUUUAGGAUUAUUUAAGUUAUUACAGAUUCAUAGGCUAUGUUAGCACUUUGGAGUAGAUUAUUUCUUAAAAAUGUAGGAUUAGUUCAAAGAAGUUUAGUAAGUUUAAGAAGUUGAAAGAUGAUAGUAUUGACUAUUAACAAUAAAGAAAUGUCACUAAUGGUAA